AAAAUACAAUUAUUAGUACACCUGAAUUCCAAACGUAUGAGAUUAUCUGAAAUUCAAAAUGAAUUGAUGCAGAGAGAUGUGUUAUUUGAAGAAAAUCAAAAUCGAAGUGAAUUAUCAAUGCUUUUACAAAAAAAUAUUGAUGAAAAAAGAAAUGCAAAUUCUUCACCAUCAGAAAAUGAUAUUAUUAUGUUGGAUGUAUCAAAUUUUUCAUAUUCAGAUAUUAUCAAAAACCAAUAUCCUUUAUCAAAAGGAUGGGCUAUAAAAGGGAAACAAAAAUAUGAAAAAAAAGGAAGUGAAUCAUGUAUUGCAAAGGAAGUAUUGGAUUUAUUAAAAGGAUUUUUUCAUAUCAGAAAUGUUGAUUCUAGUCAAAGUUAUCUUCCAGAAGAUAUACUUCGUGCGUUGAAUGAAAAAGCUAACAAUAAUGAAUUGGAACGAACAAAAAUACCUAAAAUUGAGACAAUACGAAACUGGAUAUUCCGAUAUUCAAGUGUUAUGAAAAAAGAAAUGGCAGAAAGAAUGCUUGUUAAUAUUAGUAAUAAUAAUUGA